AUGCGGGACCCGAUGUAUUUCGAGAACUACGGCACUGCUCUGGACUUCGAGGUGGCCAACAAGGGUGAAAAGGUUCUGGUUCCCAACUUUCUGGUCAACACGCUAGGCGCCAUUGUAGUUCUGAUCACGUGCGUCGUCGUCGCCAGCGUUGGCGUCGCCUCGUUUCGCGGUGCCAAGCGCCAGCAUGUGGUCACCUCAGAAGCAUCGACGACGGUGCUGUGGCUGGACCCCAUCGAUAAGCUUGACCAUCAGAUGGCCGAAGAGUGGCGCACGUACAUGCCGAGCCCCAGGCCCAUCCUCUGCUUCCUCAAUCGCGAGGGAUUUCUCAGGCCACCUCCAGACACAUUGAUACUGCGCCAGUUCCCGGGCUUCUACUGCAACGAGAUCGUGUACAACGGGGUUACCUUGGACAAUGCCACUCUUCAACCCCUGGCUGACGCCACGGACGACGCCGUAAUUUACCACCUCGACCAAGUGCGCAACGCCUUUUACCCCCACUGGAAGAUCGUCGUCAACAUCUUCGUCGGGGAAUAUGCGGCGAAGAAAAUGCUGGGUGGACAAGAAAAGUUGUUUGGCUCCCUAUUCGCCUGGCUAGAGCGUCACCGCGCCGUUGACGGCGUCAACUUUGACUUUGCCGACGACGCCUUUUUCAGAGAUGCGGACGCGUCCAGCGAUGCCGUCUCCCUCUUCGCCUCGGCCAAGGCGGAUCCGCGUUGGGGCAACCGCACCCUGUCCGCCAUGAUGCCGUACGCGGCGACGGUUCUUCUGCACGAGGAGCUGUCCCUCACCAUCGACCGCGUCCUCGUGAAGACCCACAAUCUCCUGAACAAGACAUCGGUGACGACGCAGCUGGCUGCACCGCUUGACUACGCCGGCUCAGCGCACCGUCUCCCCAACCACCGCACGAUCAUGGGUCGCCUCGAAGGACUGGAAGACAACCUGGGGAAGAAGACAUGUUUCACGAUCGCCCUUUCGGGAACCGUUUUCACGCUUAAGUCUCCAUCAAAGUGUGACAUAGGUGAUCCCGUGAUGCCAGGACGCCCUGGGAAGGCCUCCUUCUCGGAUGUAUGCAGCGACACGCCCGACCGUGUCAAGAACAUAGAAGACGACGUUGCCUACAGCUCCGAGAACUACACGUGGGUGUCGUACGAGGACCAGUUCACCGUCUUCGAAAAGACCGCCAAGGUUCUGCGUCACUGGAACCUUCUGUGCGUCGCCGUGGUCGACGUCGACCUCGAUGAUGUCCGAGGCCAGUGCGGACGGGCGUAUCCGCUGCUCAGGCGCAUCUACGAGACAUCGUACAUGCUCAAGUAUUCGCCAGAAUGA